AUGCGUUCUUACCUCCGUGCCCACGCGAGAAUGAAAGAGCGCGCAACUUCACUGUCUGCAAGAGCACUCCUCCGGCCGUUACGGCGCGCCGCCUCGCUCCUCCUCUUCCUACACCUCCACCUCGCCUCCUCCGCGUUCCUCGGUCUCGCGCGCGCUAAUGAGUCGCUGGAUGCUCUCGAGGCGCGCGAGGCUGCCGAGCCUAUAGAUGCUACCGAGCCGCCGGUCAACGCGCGAACUCCACUCGAUGCUCGCAGCUCCCUUGAUCAUGCUCCCGCCGAGCGCAACAGCCCUUCCGCGGGCAUCGGCUCAUUUGCGGGGAAUGGCUCCUUUGCGGGGAGGGGCUCGUGCGCGUCCGCGUCCGCUUCCGCCUCCGCUUCCGCUUCCGCCUCCGCUUCCGCCUCCGCCUCCGCCUCCGCCUCCGCUUCCGCCCUACCUGUGGUGGUGUGGCACGGGUUCUUCGACUCGUGCCGCAACGACAAGAGCGUGGGGUAUCUGCGCGCCGCCGUGCGGAGCGUGCUUCCCGACGUGUUUUUCCACUCGAUAUGCGUCAAGGAGGAGGGCGUACGCGAUAUAACCUCCUCCAUAUUCGGCUCUAUUGACCAGCAGAUCGACGAGGUCUGCGCGUCGCUCGCCGCCAUUCCGCAGCUCGCGGGGGGAUUCAACGCCAUCGGCAUCAGCCAGGGCGGGCUGCUCUUCCGCGCGUACGUGCAGCGCUGCAACUCUCCCCCCGUGCGCACGCUCAUCACGCUCGGCUCCCCCCACGCGGGCAUGGCGGCGCUGCCUUACUGCGGCCCGAGCGAUCCGAGCAGGGAGUUUAAAGCGGAAAUCAAUCAUGGUGGGUGCAUGCGGGGUGGAGAUGAUGAUGACUUGGCGGCAAACACCACGUGUGGUGCCAGCGUGGCAGCGGACUGGGAGGGGGAAAGCUCGUGGCAUGAGGAGGAGGGGGAGGAAUCAGGCGGACUCAGUAGUCUAGGAGGGGUUGGCGUGUCGGCUUUAAGAGUGCUUGCAUCUAGCAGCAACGGCCUUAGCGGCUUUAGCGGCGGAUUAAGCGGACUCAGCAGCGGCUCGAGUAGUCUAAGCGGUUUUAGCAGCGGUCUGAUUAGCUUUAGCGGAGGUAUCAGCGGCGGAAGUUUCGCUGGAAGCAGCGAAAUUGCAGGGAGCGUGACUUGGGCGGUGCUUAGCGGCCUAGGGACGGCAAUAGACUUCUGUACACUUUUUAAACCGCAUAUGCAUCGAAUUUACCUGCCCUGGGUGCAAAAGUUUUUCAUGCCCGCGCAGUACUUUCGGCUCUGGAGGCACAUGGAUCGGUACUUGCAGCGGAGCGCGUUUCUCGCGGAUAUCAACAACGAGCGCGGCCCGACGAGACGGAAUGAGACGUACGCUGCGAACGUACGGAGCUUGGAUCGGUUCGUACUGGUGCGAUGGGAAGAUGAAACAAUGAUCUCGCCUCCCCAGUCAUCGUGGUUCUGGUCGCACGACCGCUCCGGUAAUCUGCUCCCGUUACAAGAGCAGCCGAUGUAUGCAGAGGAUUGGCUGGGGUUGCGGACCCUGCACGAGAAGAAAAAGCUGCAUUUCACCACCAUGCCUGGCUCUCAUGGCAUCAUCAACCCCUCCCUCUUUGCUCGUGAGUUCGUUGCCAAGUACCUCGUUCCUGAGCCAACCAAAGCCGUUGCCCAGCUGCUUCAAGAUGUGAACCGCAUGUCCAGCAUUUUCGGAGGAGCAGCAGCAGUACUAGACAUAAUGGCCACUGGAAUGUACAUGGACACGCGGCUGCAGCAGCAGUUCUGGGGCUAUGGCGGCUACUCGCAGCGCGAUAUCUACUCGCAACGCGAUCUUUACGAGCCUCCUCCGCCGAUCCCCAACCCGAGUCCCCCCAUCGGCCGCCUCGCGCGUCCCCCGCUUCUCGUCAUUCCGCCGAUCGUUCCCGCUCCGCUCACCCCCACCCCAGUCGCGCUGAUGCGGGAGAUUGAACGCUACAACCGGAAGAAGAACGUGGAAAGGGCGGAAAAGCUCGCGGCCGAUCGCCCCGCGGGUCCCCCCGUGCGCCCGCGCAGGCGGAGGGUUUGGGACGACAUGUUCUUCGACCUCCCCCCGACGCCCCCUCCCCGCCGCGCGUCUGCUCCCGCCGCGCCCGUCACCCACGUUACUCCGUCCGAGCCACUUCAGGUCGUCACCGCUAGUACCGCGCCCGCGCCUAGCACUGCUAAUACCGCGACUAAUACUGCACCCGUACCUGUCGUUCGCGCUGCUCCGUUGAAGCCGCUUAAGGAACUCAACGGCACGCUUCCACCGCCACUGCCGCUGACACUCUCCACAUCGAACGUCGCAUCAAGCACGCUCGUUCCAUUGGACGGCAAGGCGGCGAGAACGCACAAGCUGUUACCCGUCUCUGCGAAUCAACCUUCGUUCAGGACGUGGCUGGGGAACGAGGAGAAUGCGACGACGGCGAUAGCCGUGCGACCGAGGGAUGUCUGCUGCGAACCAGCAUCGCAGGUGCCAUCUGCGGAGCUUCGCAUCGAUAUAUCGUCGCUUGGCGGCGCUGCUGCUGCUGGCGCUGCUGCUGCUGCGACUGGAUUAUUCUGUGCUGACGUUGGAAGCGCCUCGGCUCACACGUCACUCCAGGUCGCCAUCCUCCCCAUGAUCGCGCAUUCCCAGCUUGCCGCAAUCAGCGGCGUCAGCACCGCAGCCAGCGCGACCAUCCCGUGCCGCUGUGCGCGGCGACAUUCGCCUGGUUUUAUUCUCCAGCGAUGGGUUCCUGGAUUCUCACCGCGCAUUCCGGUGCAUCUCGACGCGCAGUUCGCUAAGCCGACUCGGACAAUUUCGGUGCAAGCUCGAGCUCGAGCGUCGCUCCCUAACACCGAUAAAGCUUCCGAAUUCGGUACAUCUUCACGCUUGAUUUUGCAACAGGUUAACUUGGACGGCUCAGAUUUCACCACGCCAGAGCAGCUAGUAGCGGAUGGCCUCCUCUCGCGACGUUCUCUCGUGGCGCUCUCAUCCGCCGCACUUACCGCUUCCCUACUCGCACCGCCCUCCACGUCAGCUUCCCCGGAUUCCACGUCACUCUCGCUAGGCCCUGCCGUAAUCCCCCCGUGCCCUCCGGGUUCUACAGUGGAGAUUCAAAUUGGGGAUAACUGCGGUCUUGGAGUCGCGAUUUAUCCCGAUUUUAGCUACAGCCCCGGCGGUGUCAAGGGGGGAGGCGGCUCGGGAACCGCGACGGAUUUAGACGACGGGUCGGAUCGCGUUGAGAUCGUUUUCGAUCCCCAGACUCUAAACAUCCCCCCGUUGCAGUACGACACGACGCGGUUCCUCGGGCUUCCGCUUCCCCCGCCGCUUAAGAUUGAGAUCGCUCCUGCGGCGCUAAGGGGCUAUCUUGAGAGGUCGACCGGCAAGGUGGAGCUUACCUUCAUCUCUAAAUUCUUCUUCACAGCAGGACUCAUCUACACUGCACCACCGCUUACUGUAGAAACCAUCUUAACCACAGAAAACUCUGCUGGCCCCAUGCGUUCGGCAAACGGCUCAAGGCGCAUAAUCACCAUGCAUAAGGAUACUCGACAACGACCUGGUCCCGUACGGGGCGGGCCCAGCAACAAUUCCUGGGACGAAGAUGACGACAUGCCACGUGCGCUUCCCUCUCUUCCACAUCAUCAGCCACGGUUUGGUUCGGUUGAGGAGGAUAAGGAGAACAUUCUAGAGCAAGUAUCGGAGCUGCUGAGCCAGGACGGCAUGCUGGACAGACGAAUUCCAGCCGGUGGUUGUUCUGCUGCUGAACGUGAGGAAGGUGCUGGCGGAGUUGCGGGGGAUAUGAUACGAGUACUCGUUUAUUGCUCUUCCCCUGCCUUCCUCCCUCAGAUCGAGGCAAUGAUAGCAGCAGGGCCUCAUGGGAAGCUAGACGAGUACCUCCCAGUGGUGGAUCUGCUGCUGAACGUGAGAAAGAUCGAGGCAAUGAUUGCAGCAGGGCCUCAUGGCAAACUAGACGAGUACCUGCCAGUGGUGGACCUGCUGCUGAACGUGAGGAAGGUGCUGGCGGAGGUGGGGGAGAAGGAGUCGGGGCGGAGGGCGGACAUGCUGCUGAGAACGGCCAUGGAGGAUUUGGACUACGAACUGAGAGACAUCCUUAAGAGACGCAGCAAGCAAGCUUCUGCGCGCUUCAGUGCGGAAGAGCUGAAGAGGCUGUUCCAGGCGGAGUUCCUGCACGGGAGUGGGGAGGCAGCAGCAGGGGAGGGCGGGGAGGAGAAGACGGAGGGCAGGGGGAGCAGGGAAGGGAGAGGGGCGGAUGGGGAGGAUGGGAGCCUUUUGAGCCCAGGGGAAAGGGGGGAGGAGAGGGGGGAACGGGGGAGAGAAGGGAGGAGGGAGGGGAGGAGGGAGUCUGAGGAGGGAAGGGAUGAAGGGGACGAGAAGGGCGGUGGGGGGGAUGAGGAGGAAGGGAGAAGGAAGGGGGGGAGGAAGGUUCCUGAGCUGUUUCCUGUGAGCACGGGGCGGUGGUUGAAUGAGGCGGCAGGCAGGAUGGUGCAGGGAGGGGCGGGAGGAAAGUGCGUGGAAGCUUACAGGUCUGUGCGGGUGGAGGCAGUUAAAGCCCUAAUGGAUGAGCUGAGGCUGGAGGACGUGCUGAGCCCGGGAGUGAUUCAUGAGGCGCCGUGGAGGGUGCUGGAGCAGGCGUCAAAGGAGUGGGUGCAGGCAGCUUAUAUCAUUGGAGCACUAAUAAUCCCCAUGGAGCAUCAGACGGCCAACGAGGCUUGGAAGGGCAUGGACACUCAGAGGCGCGCCGCUCUACGGGGCGUCCUAGAGGACGGUGGCGUUGGCCGGCGGGUUUUGUUUCUAGCGGACGUGCUGCGGGCGAUCGUGUCGCGGCGCAUGGCGGAGCAGCUGUUCUCGCUGCUGGACGCAUACCAAGUGGUGCAAGAGAUCAUGCCUGAGCUGUCAGCCACCUUUCAGGAUCUGAAGGUCAGCAACGUGUGGGGGGCGUGUGAGGGCCUGCCGCUGCUGCUGGGGCGAGCAGUGGCAGCGUGUUUCCAGCGCCUCAAGUUGCUGCUGGAGGACUCCGCUGCUUCUAACCUCGCUGAUGCCAUGUGGAAACCCGUUCCUGCCAAAAAGGCAGCCCUGAGCUUCCUCACGCGCAGCGCAACCAGCAACAGCAGCACGGCAGUGGCACCAGACGAGUCGGUGUAUGAGAUCGUGCCACGAGGGGGGGCUGUGGAUUCCAUCACGAGCUAUGUUGCCAACUAUAUCCGCAGCUACAUGCAGCGGCAAGGAAGGAGGAGCUAUGUCGACUCCCUCACAUCCCUCUUCUCCCUUCUUGAGGCUCACCCAGACGAAGACCCAAGCUCCCUCACAGCGGAUUUCGCCCUCCUCUCCCUCCCCGCCUCCUCCUCCCUCUCCCCUCUCGCCUCCUCCAAUCCCAUCGCUGCCGCCGCCGCCGCCGCCACCAUCACCGCCACGUCAGCAUCUGCCAUGUCAGCAAACGGGAGGGCGCCAGGUGUCGGGAGGAGCCUGGAGAGCGAGACAGCUCAGCUGGUGAUGGCUUUGAGGAGGAAUCUAGAGUCCAGAGCGAGGCUUUACCCAGAGGAGGAGUUGCAGCAGCUAUUUCUUAUGAACAACUUGAAUUAUCUGGUCAAGUCCAUGAAUGACUGGCACGGGUGGCAUGCGCAGGGCAUUGAAAAGAACCUGUCUGCUGUCAGAAGGGAGGGCGCCAAGGACCUCAUGGUGGCGUUAGCAGACCUGCAUGACGACCGGGUGGUGCAGCAGCACGCAGGGGCUUUCCAGUCCCUCGCCCUGCUCAAGGUCAUGACGGCCCUGAGCACCAACGAGGAUGCGGUUCAGCCUUCGCACAGAACUGCUGCGGACUAUGUCAAGGCAGAGAUGCAACGCCUGAAGCGGUUCAACUCUGCAUUUGAGGAGCUGCAGGAGAGGCAGAGGCACUGGGCCAUCCCUGACGAUGGGCUGAGGAGGAAGAUUCGGGCCAAGUGGGCAACGAGCAUCAAGGAGCGGUACCGGAAGAUGCUGCUGCCGUACUGGGAUGACUUGACAUCAUGCAAGUUUUAUGCCUUCACACCAGAAAGAGUAGAAGAAAUUAUUCAGCACACUUUCUUCAUGGACCCUUCUGAUUGA